AUGCCAAUCAAGGCUAGAGCUGCGACUCCUCCUACCACUACACCAGCUAUGAGACCUGUUGAUGGUCCAGAGCUUGAAUUUGAAGAUGAUGAUGCCGCUGCGGCAGAGCUCGAUGAAGUUGAUCCAUGUGAUGCGGUGCUUGAGGCCUCGUUUCUGGUUGAUGAUGCUCCUGUCGACGUUUGUGCAAUACUGCUGGCUGUGCUGCUUGCGUCCUCUGUUGCGCUUGUCGCGGUAAUCUCAGCAGCAAUGCUCGUCGGAUUUGCUGGUGUGGGUAAAGCAUUCACCACACUACCCGCUACACUCUCUAUGAUAGCCGUGGGGACCGCAACGCCGUUGCUCGACAACACUGAAGAAACAUCGCCAACAAUACUGGAUAAGAGAUCGCCGAUCUGUCUCCGUUGA